AUGUACCAAUCAGCCCCCGGACAACCAUGCACUGUGCCACAAAUCAUGGUGAAGGGACAGAAACCCCAGGCAGCUGACCACUUUACCUGCCUAGGCAGCAGACUUUCACGUGCCGUACAUAUAGAUGCUGAAAUUAACACCAGAGUUGCCAAGGCCAGCGCCUCCUUUGGGAGGCUUCGCAAGAAUGUCUGGGAGCGCAGAGGACUCAGCCUCUCCACAAAGCUGAAGGUCUACCGAGCAGUGGUCCUUUCAAUUCUUUUCUACACCAGUGAGACAUGGACCGUCUACAACAGACACGCUAAGCAGCUCAAUCGAUUCCACCUGAGCUGUCUUCGUAAAAUCCUCCGCAUCCAAUGGCAGGACAAAGCCCCAGACACUGCUGUUUUAGAGCGAGCCGGAACCCCCAGCAUCUACACCAUCCUCCACAAAACGUGA